CUUGCCGCCGUCAGUCCAGCAGAGGCGCUGCCCCUUUGAGCGCGCCGCUUGGCCUUGCUGCACGGAUGAAUCUCCCUCCGGCGGAGGAUCCGACAGAGAUCGUAGACAACUCUAUCAAAAAGAAGUACGAGAUUGUCCAGAAGCUCGGCAAGGGUGCCUACGCCGUUGUCUUCAAGGCGGUGGACAAGAAGACGAAGAGCGUGGUCGCCCUCAAAAAGAUCUUCGACGCCUUCCAAAACGCCACCGACGCGCAGCGCACCUUCCGUGAGAUCAUGUACUUGCAGGCGCUGGCGGCGCGGGGCGACGAGAACAUCAUCCGGCUGCAGAAGGUGAUGAAGGCGGAGAACGACAACGACAUCUACCUCGUCUUCGACUACAUGGACACGGACCUUCACGCCGUGAUCCGCGCCAACAUCCUCGAGCCGGUCCACAAGCAGUUCAUCGUGUACCAGAUGCUCAAGGCGCUCAAGAUCUGCCACGCCGCUGACCUGGUGCACCGCGACCUCAAGCCGUCAAACCUGCUGCUCAACGAGGAGUGCCUCUGCAAGGUCGCCGACUUUGGGCUGGCGCGCUCGCUGCGCGCGCUCAAGCGAGGCGAGGAGUCGGCGUCAGUGCUGACAGACUACGUUGCAACGCGCUGGUACCGCGCGCCGGAGAUCAUGCUCGGCUCCACCUGCUACACAAAGGCGGUCGACAUGUGGGCGGUCGGCUGCAUCGUCGCGGAGAUGUUCGUCGGCCGGCCGUUGCUGCCCGGCACGAGCACGAUGGAUCAGCUCAAGAAGGUGAUCGAGGUGACGGGCAAGCCGACGGAGGAGGACAUCGCCGCGAUGCAGUCAAAGUACGCAAAGACGAUGAUCGACUCGAUCCUGCCGGCCGGGCACAGGCUCGCGUUCCGGUCGAUGGACGCCAUCAUGAGCGGCGCGCCGCCCGAGGCGAUCGACAUGGUCAAGAACCUGAUGACGUUCGACCCGACGGCGCGGUUAACGGUGGAGGGCGCGCUGGCGCACCGGUGGAUGGCGGACUUCUACACGGGCAAGGAGCUGGGCUUCGACGGGGAGCUGGUCAUCCCGAUCGACGACGGCGAGAAGAAGACGCUCGCAGAGUACCGCACCAACCUGUACGACGAGGUGUGCAAGGCGCGCAAGACGCCGUCGCUGUACGAAAAGUACAUCCGCAGGCGAGCGCCGAAGAGCAGCGAGGCGGCGUGAGGCGGCGUCGAGCCCGCGCCCCUCCCUCCCCCCGGGGGGCAGGAGGAGGAGGAGGGGGGGCGCCGGCGCCACGUGCUCUAGCGAGCCGACUCCCACACCGCCGCUGCUUGCUCGCGCCGCUGCCCACCGGAAGCCCCUUCCGCCUGCGGAGGAGGAGCUCCGCCGGACUCUGACUUGUGCGCCAUCUUUUGCAUGCCGCUUUUCCCAUCCGACAUUCCCCCCCAGACGCCUUCAGUCGUCGUGUAAUACACCCUCCAGCCUCUCCGCGUCACACACUCUGAGUCUCUGCUCUCUCAGACUCUCACUCCGCCCGCUCCCCUCAGCAGUCUCUCUCUCUCGCGCGCUCUCUGUCCCGCCUCUCUGUCUGUUAAUCUCGGCGCACGCUCUCAACACCUACCGAUUGUAUGAUUUGUCCUAUUUUCCGGAAAA